AUGUGCAUUUCCGUAGCUGAGGCAAAAACGCACAUCCCAGCAGAGAGCGGGGGCGCGGCCGGUGCGGCGGGACACGGACAGGUAAGGAACGAUGCCCAGGUGUGCGGCUUGGGGAGCCUCCUCUGCGCCUGGAAACCCUCCCUGGCUGGAACCCAACCCGGUUCCCGCGGGUCCCGGAUCCCGCAGGUCCCGGAUCCCCGCAGGUCCCGGAUCCCUCAAGUCCCGGUUCCUUCAAGUCCCGGAUCCCGCAGGUCCCCGAUCCCGCAGAUCCCGGUUCCCCGUAGGUCCCGGUUCCCCGUAGGUCCCGGAUCCCGCAGAUCCCGGAUCCCCGCAGAUCCCGGAUCCCUCAAGUCCCGGAUCCCGCAGGUCCCGGUUCCCCGCAGAUCCCGGUUCCCCGCAGAUCCCGGUUCCCCGCAGGUCCCGGAUCCCCGCAGGUCCCGGAUCCCUCAGCUCCCGUUUCCCGCGGGUCCCGGUUCCCCGCAGAUCCCGGUUCCCCGCAGGUCCCGGUUCCCCGCAGGUCCCGGAUCCCGCAGAUCCCGGAUCCCGCAGGUCCCGGUUCCCUCAGGUCCGGGCGCGGCUGCGCUGUGGCUCGCAGCCGCCAGGCGGCGCAGCGGAGGCCGCGCGUGCCCCGUGCUGCCCCGCGGCGCGGCCAUGGCGGAGCGGGCCGGGGCUGGGGCCGGGCCCGGACGGGCGGCCGGCGGCGGGAAGAUGUCCCUGCACAGGUGUGAAACCUGUGGCAAAGAAGAAGCUAAGUACAGAUGUCCACGAUGCAUGAAAUAUUCCUGCAGCCUGUUGUGUGUAAAGAAACAUAAGCUUACACUGAGCUGUAAUGGAGUCAGGGAUAAAACAGCGUUUGUCUCUGUGAAUGAAUUUACUGACUUGAACCUUCUGAGUGAUUAUCGUUUCCUGGAAGAUGUAGGAAGGACAGCUGAUGCUGCUGCUCGACACUGCCUUGUGCAUAGUCCAGCAACAAAAAGACUUUUAUACUGCUUGAGGAACAAAGCUCGAGGGUGUAAUAUUGAGCUAAAAACACUGCCUAUUGGAUUUACAAAAAGAAGAGAAAAUUCUACCACCUUCAAUUCCAUGGAGAACAAGUUCUACUGGCAUUUGAAGCUCAUAUUUCCUCACUGUCAUGCUGAAUACACUUUAAAAGGGGUGCCUGACGAUAAAACACUUGCUGAUAUCCUCAAGCCAUACAUUGAUCCAGUGGAGUCAGAUCCUGUAGUUUGUCAAAGAUUAAAAAUCUAUACAGCAUCUCCUCAAUCAGAUGUACAGAUUUUAAUGAAAAUAGAAAACAGGAACCGAAACUCUGUCAGGUACAAUGAACUGGAUGCCAGCAAAAGCCUUCUAGAUAAUCUGAAAGGAAAAGUAAUAAUUGAGUAUCCAACAUUAUUUGUUGUCUUGAAAACACUGAAGAAUGACAUGGUGGUCCUUGGCCAAGAUGGCAGUGAGCCUGCAGAGAACUCAGACAGUGAAAGCUCAUCCCUUUCGUCUGUGGAAGAAGGGGAAAUUCAGGACAGUUCAUGACAGUUCUUUGAGAGAACAGGAUGGAAUGAGCUUUUUUUUAUUAUUAUUUAAUUAAAAAUUUUUUUAUACAAUUAAGUUCCUAGAAGUCUGGCUUAACUUCCUUUACUUAAAGGUAGCACUCUUAAAGUGCUUGACUAUUUUUGGAUUUAAUAAUGGAUAUUUAGGGAUGUAAAUAAAAAGAUUGGGAAUUGUGGUCCCAGAAAAA